UUCCCACUAUCUGUCCCGUUCUCCCCCUGCCUCCGCACCCUCCUCCACUCGAUUCACCGCAAAGGCAGGGAGGAAAAACCCCUGACACCGGAGUCACGCCCGGAUAAGCCGAUCCCGGCGAUGGAACCGGCAAAAUGGUGCAGGAUGACGGGGAGGGGCAGGCGUCGCUAGGGGCUACGCGUCCCGCACGGCUCGGUCCCUGCGAUCCGGGACAUCCAGGGCUCCCGCCGACCCGCCGGUGCGGAGGAGGGGGCAGCCCCGGCAGGCGUCCCGGCAUGCUGAAAGUCACCAUGCCGUCCUCUUCCUCGUCCUCAUCCUCCUCGUCCUCAUCCUCCUCCGGCUCCUCUGCCGCCAGCCGGCCCGGCUCCGCCGCACCCGACUAUUGGAUCGACGGCUCCAACAAGGACACCCUGGCCCAUUACUUCGAGCUGGAGUCCGAGCUGGGACGUGGGGCUACAUCCAUUGUCUACAGAUGCAGGCAGAAAGGGACCCAGAAACCUUACGCCGUCAAAAUGUUGAAGAAGACAGUAGACAAGAAAAUUGUCCGCACAGAAAUUGGAGUUCUUCUUCGCCUUUCACAUCCAAACAUUAUUAAACUGAAGGAGAUAUUUGAGACCCCUACAGAAAUCAGUCUUGUUCUGGAAUUGGUAACUGGUGGUGAACUGUUUGACAGGAUUGUGGAAAAGGGCUACUACAGUGAACGAGAUGCUGCUGAUGCUGUUAAACAGAUCCUGGAGGCAGUUGCUUACCUGCAUGCAAAUGGGAUUGUGCAUCGUGACUUGAAGCCAGAAAAUCUACUCUAUGCAACGCCAGCACCGGACGCACCACUUAAAAUCGCUGACUUUGGGCUCUCCAAGAUUGUGGAAGAUCAGGUGACCAUGAAGACAGUUUGUGGAACUCCAGGAUACUGUGCACCAGAGAUACUACGGGGAUGUGCCUAUGGCCCUGAGGUGGACAUGUGGUCUCUGGGGAUUAUCACCUACAUCCUACUUUGUGGCUUUGAACCAUUUUAUGAUGAAAGGGGUGAUCAAUACAUGUUUAAGAGAAUCCUGAACUGUGAAUAUGACUUUGUGUCCCCCUGGUGGGAUGACGUGUCUCUGAAUGCCAAGGAUUUAGUUAAAAAGUUGAUUGUUUUAGACCCCAAGAAACGCCUUACUACGCUGCAGGCUUUGCAGCACCCGUGGGUUACAGGGAAGGCAGCAAACUUUGCACAUAUGGACAAUGCACAAAAGAAACUUCAGGAAUUCAAUGCCCGGCGUAAACUCAAGGCUGCAGUAAAAGCUGUGGUGGCAUCGACUCGCCUCGGCAGUGCCAGUGGUCACAGUGUGCAUGACAGCAACAAGCCCAGCCGUAACCCGUCUCCCAUCCAUGACAGCAAACCCGAAGAGAAACCUACUCAGGAAGCAGAAGCAGCUCCGGAAGAAAUGUCUUAGAUCAAUGUGCUUCCUUGUUUCAGCUGAGAUCUGUCAUUUCAUACACCAGCUAACUUGUCAUUCAGCAGGAAAGAUUCGUAAGCUUGGCCUCUCUGGUUCUGCUUUGGGGUGCCAGACGCACUGGCUGGUGAUCCUACCUUCAAUGCAUGUGACUGCUUAUGAAAAUAGUAAACUGUUCCAUAAGGCAUGUCAUGGAAACAGUGUUAUUUGCAGUAAUACCGGCAGGUGAAAAUAUGGGGAUUAAUAACUACCUACCAUAAUGUCUAUAUUUCAUAUACAUCUAUUCAGUGUUUCUAGAUGGUAUUUGAAACAAAAUACUGUUUAAUUUGGUUUUGUGGAAGUAGGUGUCUUCUGUAUGUCCUGAGUUUCUUUGAACUGCAUCCUUCCAGAUUCAUAGUCCUGCAGCAGAUGAAAUGGAAGGAAAUACCAAGCCAAUGCUUUUAAAACUGAUGUAUGAAAUAAUGCUUUUUUUUUUCCUGUAAAAUUAAAAAGGUAUUUGGGGAUUUAUAUGCAAAAAACAUUCCACUACUUCUGGGAAGAAAUCGAAAUGUUAGUUUCACUGGGCAUGAAAAUGUAUGUUCCUGAAGCUUAUGUUGAGAAUGCCUUACUGUGACUUUUCCUGUUUAUAUACGGUAUUUUAAUGACAACCAAAAUUACUCAGAUUUAUGCCAUUUCAUUCUUUAGAGAAGUGUUAGCAAAACAAAAUGAUAGGCUAAGAGAGGAUUAAAGUAGAUGCAAAUUUUUGAAAUACCAUUAUAUUUAUUCAUUAAUUUCUAAACUGUGCAGCUAGAAGAUGUUUUUAUAGGGCAUAAGGGAAUAAUCUGCAAUUAUACAAGUUGUAAAUGCUUGAGGGAAGCUAUUCCACAACUUAAUGAUUUUGCUCUGAGGAAGCACUCUUAUACAGGGUCUGGGAGUAAGUAGUAUAAUCUGCUGCUUCCCAGAUAGUUUAACCUUAUGAGUAACCAGUUUCCACUUGUCACCAUAAUUAGUCCAGAUUUUCCAAGAAAAGGACCCCUCCUGCAAAGUGAUUCACCAGCACAGGUCUUGCAUCCAUUCAGAAUUCCUGUAUCUUAAGUUAAAAGUUUUGUGCGUGCAUUAGCUUGCAAAAUUAGGGUCAGACUCUUCAACUAUCUUGAUUUUUUUGUGAACGUAAUUGAUAGGAAUUGAAAAACCAACAUGCAUCAAUAUGUAUGACAGUUUACAUUUGUUUGUUAUCACUUUGAUAGCAUGUGAAUUUCAUAAUGCUAUUGAUAUAUUACAGAAAUGGCAAAAAGAAACCGAUGUACAACAAUGUCAUUUGUCUUUGUUGAACUUCUUAAUACUGAUAGUUACCUAACACACCAAUACACUGAACAUUUCUCUUAUGCUUUAAUUAUUUUUUAUGUUAAGUUAGGCCUUGCACAACUUGCCUUGAAAAACAUAUCAGCUACUGAGAAAGCAAGUCAUUAAUAAAACAUUCAGUAGCUGCAUUUCCUGAUGAAAUUAAAGGGUAAUACCAUGUUAUUCAUGUGGUAGGUUUGAUAAAUAAAAUGUAAUCUAGAUUAAUAUAAAAACAAAAAUUAAAGGUACUGUAUUUAAUAGGUAAGAAUGCAGACUAAUGAAUGUAUUGUACUUGAGAUUUUUUAAUCCAUUUCUUAUAACUCUUUGAGCUUGUACAGAAAGGGUUGCUAAUGAAGCACAGUUGAAAUUUAAAGUAGAUCCAUCCAUCCUUAUCCCAGGUGACACGCUUUGAGGUCAGCUGGUGGGGGCUUGGCAGCUGUGAACAGGCCAACAGGACACUUCUGCAGGUUUUCCUUUGCAAACAAGUACGGUAAGACUAAGCACUUUGGAGAAGGUGACAGGUACAUCCCACUUGUCUCAGUUUUUACUGUCUUUCUUUUAUCCUGUGAGGAGACUGCAGGACAAAUGCAUUUCUCAGCCACAGUUCUCGUCUGCUGAGUACGGAGGUGAAGCCAUACGAAUUUGGUCGGUGGGGAGGUUUGAUGGGAGAGGUUGGAUUUGCCUAACUUCUCCUCCUUAAUUUGUGAUAGUUGCUUCUAAUCUGUGCAGCUGGCUGCACAUUCAUUUCACAUCUAUGACUACUUGAGCAGAAAUCUCUACGUCUGAGGAGUGGUUCGUUGAGCUGAAAAGUAGUCCCAGCUGAUUGUUGAAGUUGUUCUUUGCUAAAUUAUACCAUAGCGUAUCAUAAAUAUGAACUGAUGCCAUGCAACUGGAGACUCCUCUGUAACAACAUGAUCUUCGAGCCAUUUCAGUCUUGUGCAUAAAGGCUCUGGGGCUUCAGUUGUUUUUGCUUAAUUUUCUUUUAUUAUUCUCCUUAUGAGACAAUCAAAUAUCUCUGCUGAAUGAAUUACAAAUGCGUGAGUCAGUAAAGUAGUAUGUCUGGAUUAUGUAUGACAUUACUAUGCAGAAGGAAGAGCAGUGGUAGGGCAUAUGCACGUAACAGAAGAAAGGAAUGUUAUGUGCAUUGUUUUUUAUCUGAAAAAUUACACCCUGGUGGCAUCUGCCAUAAUUCAGAAUUGAGAGUGUGACACCAGUGUCUUACUGUGGGUGAAAAAUAGGAGCACAGCCAAAAGCUACUAGACAUGGAUGAGUUCCAUUUCUGUGGUUUUAAACUAGGUAGUAAAUUACUGAUGCUCUUUUCUGUUGAAAUUCUAACCUCUAAAUUUUUAAAAUGUUCAACAUAUUAGCAAAGUCCUUCAAGUAUAAAAGAGGGAAUCUUGCCAUCUUUUUGAAAUAGUUGAACUUAGCAAAACUUUUCCUUUAGAGGCAGAUUAUGAUAUUAGCCAACUAAAGUCUAAUAUUUGAGAGCUAGGCUGAGGAUCUGAUGUCUGUUAAAUGGCUAAUGAUGUUCUGCUUUUGCACAGCAGUAGGGUUUUUUACAAAUCUAGAUAGAUUCAUUCCAAAAUAGAAGACAUUUCAUGUCGUUUCAAACACUUUUGUUUUAGGUUUACAGAUGACACAGUAGAUUGCACUUCAUGAGCCCAGUGCUGGGUAGUUAGCUGAAGUUUAUACUUCACAUCAUGCACGCGUGCUGUAAAGAUACAGAUACUCUGUAAUCAAACUUUUGAAUGCAAAAGAGCAUUAAGGCAAAAGUCUGCGAUAUGCCACGUGUUCUGUAGGAUGGGUAUUAAGAGCUGUGUUUCUGCAACCAAGCAGGCUGUCAGGCACAUGGAGAGGAGUGACAAAAACUGCCCAGUAUCCCCUAUGCAAAGUCCCCAUGCCUCGGUGAAUAAACCAUAGUGCUCUGAAAAGCCAUGUGGUACUAGAGCAGGAUAAAAGCGGCAACUAAAGAGUUUUUGGAAGGGGCUCAGGUCAGCAAGAAGUCCCAGGAUGGAGGAGGUUGUGGCUCACUGGCAGCCAGGCAUCGGCACUUACUGAAAAAAAAGAUCCUUCCUCUACUGUUUGAGCGGUGAGUGAAACACAGAUGGAGCUGGCAGUUGUAGGAGAAGUGCAUUUUCUGCAGCUGAACAGCUGGGAAGAGGAAGAAAAUGCUAGGAGUUGGCAGUGUCCAAGUUAAAAAAGAAUACUCGUAUCUGCUAAGCAGCAAAUGCAAGAGGGCUCCCAUUUCCAAAUAAUGAUUGGCAACUGUCCCUCAACUCCCGCAUGUGUCCUGGGACGUGAUGCUAUGCAGAGCCCUACAGUGCAGCUCUCAAGAUGGUUUUUUUAAGAGUGGCAUAGGAAAGUGUAGAGUGGAGGACUCCCAGCAGACUCCCAGCACAGUGACCUGCAUAUUGCCUGCUUACAAAGUGACGGACAGUUGCGAAUCUCAGCAUAGUGCCUUGAUCCCUGGCUUGUGCAGAGGCUGUGUAUUUCUCCUGGUGAAGAACUCAGUUUUAUGUGUCUGAUCCUGCUUCUUCCAUUUUCAAGUUACGAGUGUAUAGCUUAUGUAGGCAUGGCAUUCAAGUAAAAAACCUGUCUUCGUUCAUGGAAGAAAAGUAGGACCAAGAAUGACCAAGCACAACAUGCACAGUUGGACCUGGAGUACAAUGGCAGGGAUGCAAGCAAGCCCUGAAGAUACCAAAGUUAAACAAACAAGACAACUCAGACCUCCUUAAAGUGACUUUAUAAAGCACUAAUAGCUCAAAGAAUGUCCACCCUUUCGGAGUAAUUUCGGUUAGAAUGGACACCUGCAAAAGUGAGAGUUAGUUCUGCUUUUGUAUAAAGAAAUUUAGCUUCCCUGAUAAGCCUUUGCACAGUACCAUGUUACAUUGUACAAAAAAACAUUAGCUGCAUUGCAAAAAUAAGCAGCAAAUAAAAUUCUAAGAAACAAAGAGGAGAGAUAUAGGAAUAAUUACCUCAUCUAUUUAUAUCUGGAAUGUUAAAAAAAUCUUAGUUCCAGAACAUGUAUAAACUUUCACUGACAAGACUCUAGGUUUUCUACAUAAGCAGAUUUUACUUUAUGUCUGGGAGGUAAAACUUCUGGCCAGAGUAAUUUGGUGAAGAUUGGUGGAGGGUCAGUGCAAAUAAGGAGUGCAUUCCCUGGAGUGUGAAUCCCCUAACCUAUAUAAGGAUGGAAUGAUGUACAUGCAUGCAGCUAAAAAUCCAUCAAAACUGAAAAAAAACUCUGCAUUGCAUGCUCUUCUACCCCUCCAGAGAGGAGUGAACGCCAUGAACACAGUUAUGAACUUUGUCAUCAUU